AGGGGGAGCCUGCCCGGCACUGCCAGCCAGCCCUCCCUCUCGCUCCCCUGCCCCCACCCGGUCGCCGCCGCCGCUUCUCCUUGUGCCAAUUCGGAGAGCGCCCGGGCGCCUGUGACAUGCCAAGGCGGCCAAGGGACUGUGCCCGAGUCUGAAGUGCUCGCGAGGAAGUGAGCGGCAGCGCGGGCGAUGACAGCCAUGAAGCCGGAGCAGCAGCCCGGCCCGGGGGCCCGAGCAAACCAGGCGUCGCCCGCCGACCAGGAACUGGGAAGUAACAGCCCUCCACAGAGAAACUGGAAGGGAAUUGCUAUUGCUCUGCUGGUGAUUUUAGUUGUUUGCUCACUCAUCACGAUGUCAGUCAUCCUCUUAACCCCAGAUGAACUAACCAACUCAUCAGAAACCAGAUUGUCUCUAGACGACCUCUUCAGAAAAGACUUUGUGCUUCAUGAUCUGGAAGCUAGAUGGAUCAAUGAUACAGAUGUGGUGUAUAAAAGAGAGAAUGGACAUGUCAUCAAACUGAAUAUAGAAACAAAUACUACCACAUUAUUACUGGAGAACACGACGUUUGUAACAUUCAAAGCAUCAAGACAUUCAGUUUCACCAGAUUUAAAAUAUGUUCUUCUGGCAUAUGACGUCAAACAGAUUUUUCAUUAUUCAUAUAAUGCUUCCUAUGUGAUUUACAACAUACACACUAGGGAAGUUUGGGAGCUAAACCCUCCAGAGGUAGAGGACUCCAUCUUGCAGUAUGCAGCCUGGGGUGUCCAAGGGCAGCAGCUGAUUUAUAUUUUUGAAAAUAAUAUCUACUAUCAACCUGAUAUAAAGAGCAGUUCAUUGCGACUGACAUCUUCUGGAAAAGAAGGCAUUAUUUUUAAUGGGAUUGCUGACUGGUUAUAUGAAGAGGAAAUUCUACAUUCUCACAUCGCCCACUGGUGGUCACCAGAUGGAGAAAGACUUGCCUUCCUGAUGAUUAAUGAUUCCUUGGUACCUAACAUGGUUAUCCCUCGCUUUACUGGAGCGCUGUAUCCCAAAGGAAAGCUGUAUCCAUACCCUAAGGCAGGUCAAGUGAACCCAACAAUCAAAUUAUAUGUUGUAAACUUAUAUGGACCCACUCAUACUUUGGAACUCAUGCCACCUGACAGCUUUAAAUCAAGAGAAUACUAUAUCACUAUGGUUAAAUGGGUAAGCAAUACUAAGACGGUGGUCAGAUGGCUAAAUCGACCUCAGAACAUCUCAGUCCUCACAGUCUGUGAGACCACUACGGGUGCUUGCAGUAGAAAAUAUGAGAUGACGUCAGAUACGUGGUUGUCUAAACAGAAUGAGGAGCCUGUAUUUUCUAGAGAUGGCAGCAGAUUUUUUAUGACUGUUCCUGUUAAGCAAGGGGGUCGUGGAGAAUUUCACCACAUAGCUAUGUUCCUCAUCCAAAGUAAAAGUGAGCAAAUAACUGUGAGACAUCUGACAUCAGGAAACUGGGAAGUGAUAAAGAUCUUAGCAUAUGAUGAAACUACUAAAAAAAUUUACUUUCUGAGCACAGAGCUAUCUUCCAGAGGGAGGCACUUGUACAGUGCUUCUACUGAAGGAUUAUUGAAUCGGCAUUGCAUUUCAUGUAAUUUCAUGAAAGAAGAGUGUACAUAUUUUGGUGCAAGUUUUAGUCCCAUGAAUCAACAUUUCUUAUUACUCUGUGAAGGUCCGGGAAUCCCACUGGUCAGCUUACAUAGUACAGACAACCCAUCAAAAUAUUUUGUAUUGGAAAGCAAUUCUAUGCUGAGGGAAGCUCUCCUGAAGAAGAAGAUGGCAAAGUCAGAAAUUAAAAUGCUUCAUAUUGAUGACUAUGAACUUCCUUUACAGUUGUCCUUUCCCAAAGAUUUUACGGACCGAAACCAGUAUGCUCUUCUAUUGAUAAUGGAUGAAGAACCAGGAGGCCAAUUGGUUACAGACAAGUUUAGUAUUGACUGGGAUUCAGUACUUGUUGACACAGAUAAUGUCAUCAUAGCCAGAUUUGAUGGCAGAGGGAGUGGAUUCCAGGGGCUCAAAAUUUUGCAGGAGAUUCAUCGAAGGUUAGGUUCAGUGGAAGUAAAGGACCAAAUAUCAGCCAUAAAAUUUUUACUGAAACAGCCAUAUAUUGACUCCAAAAGAUUAAGCAUUUUUGGAAAGGGGUAUGGUGGCUAUAUUGCAUCAAUGAUCUUAAAAUCAGAUGAAAAGUUUUUUAAAUGUGGAUCAGUGAUUGCACCUAUCACAGACUUGAAGUUGUAUGCUUCAGCAUUCUCUGAAAGAUACCUAGGUAUGCCAUCUAAAGAAGAAAACACUUAUCAGGCAUCCAGUGUGCUACAUAACAUCCAUGGCUUAAAAGAAGAAAACAUAUUAAUCAUUCAUGGCACUGCAGAUACAAAAGUUCACUUCCAGCAUUCAGCAGAAUUAAUCAAACAUCUAAUAAAAUCUGGAGUGAAUUAUACUAUGCAGAUCUACCCAGAUGAAGAUCAUAAUAUAUCUGAGAAAAGCAAAUACCAUCUUUACAACACAAUCCUUAGGUUCUUCGGCAAUUGUUUAAAGGAAGAGAUAUCCCUGUUACCACAGGAGCCAGAAGAAGAUGAAUAAUGGACCCUAUUUAUAUAGAACUGAAGGGGAUAUUGAGGCUCAACGAAACCUAACCAAGUGACUGUAACAUUGUAGAUGCUCUAGAAUUUCAAGGGCAGCUUAAGGAGAUGAUGCUGGAACUGCACACUCAGAGACUAUGACCUAGAAUUUGACUCUGGACGUCCAAGUCUACCAUGUUGCGAAGGGUGCAGAACCUGUUUCUUUGUGUAAGGAAGGUCAAAGGGUUAGUUUCCUGAAAGAAAAUUCAUUUUGCAUUCAAGUAGGAAUAGUGCAUGUUUUCUUCUGUUAUCCCCCAAUUUAUUCUGUAACAAGUUGCUUUCAUUUUAAUUUCAGCGACCACCAUCACUUUUGCAUAUAGUGCACAGAUUAUCAGACUACAGUCCCUGAUCUUCAAUGGCUGAGCUGCAGUUUAACAGUUGACUGUACCUUUACAAUAAGUGCAAUUCCUUCACUGUUUAUCACUAUGCUUAAGAAAACAUUCAGUUAAUAAAAGAUAGAGUAUCUAUAUAUUUUCUGUUUAUAAAAAUACAUUAUGAAAUGGGUCAAAAGUUAUGUAGACAUAUGGACCUCAGCACCUUCCAAAGGUCAGCCAGUUGAUACAGUAUGUUAAAAACAACACACGAGUGUAUGUCCUCUUCUGUAUGUAUACACACCUACUCAUACACAGUGAACGCAUCUAUCUUUACAUGUUAUUCAUUGCUACAAAGGAGACAUUUUUGAUGAAUCAGAAGAGAUGCUCUUUUGUAGGCUAUAAUGGAUGCUUUGUUCAAUGAGCCAAAUAUGAUGAAUCAUUCUUUUUUCCAAUUCAAAUGCAAGCUAUUGCUUUCCUAUAAAUAUUUGGGUUGUGUUUAGUAUUGUUUUUAGUGGUUAAUAGUUUUCUGGUUGCAAUUUAAUUUUUUGAAUAUGACACCUUGUCACCUGUAAAUUAGAUAAAUAUUAAAUUAUAGUUUCUGAUAAAGAAAUUUUGUUAACAAUGCAAUGCCACUGAGUGCUAUUUUACUCUUUUGGUGGAGAAGGCAUUUCUUAAAAAACACUUGGUCUUUUUACUUCUAUCUCUUAAUGCAGAAUCAAUUCUUACUUUCAUUGUAAAAACAAAGUACUGGAUUGUUUCAUUUGCUGGUUCUUAGUAUUCUGUGCCUGCUUAAUUCAUCUGUUACUGUUUAAUUUAAAUCCUUCUGGUGAGAAUUAGAAAUGAAAUAUUUUUUAUUCAUUGGCCAACAAGUCCACAAACAGCAGUGUUUGCUAUUUAAUUUGACUGGUAGGCACAAAAUUUAUUAAUUCCUGUUCUGUGUUGACCUGCAGUAGUAACUGAGAUUGUAAAAUAAACUUGACUGUAUAAAGUUAAAUAUAAGUCAUAAGAAUAUUAACUUUGGCAAUUAAAUCAAAGAGUAUCUUCACAUUUUACUUAAAGGAUAUUCUAAAAAUAUGUCUAAAGGUCUGUAAUCAAGCUUAGAAAUUCAGACAAAUCUAGCUUAGUACUUUCUUUUGUUAUUUGUUGUUUUUUUUUUUUUAAUUUUUGUUUUUAAUUCCUUGGGACAGACUGGAUUAAGACUUUAAGACACAAGGAAGAAACUUUAAAGUGUCAUGAAGUAUUUUACUAACUCUUUUUUCUCAAACAAUCAAAAAUCUUGGAAUCUUUGAAACUUACGUAUUAUUUUUUGGAUAUUCCAUUUUUGUUUUGAAUCCUAUGUUCACUACUCCAUUGGAUUAAGUUUAAAAUGGGAAAUGUUUUCUGAAAGAGUAAAUCCAGGUCUUUCUUUUAUAAGGAUAGAAAACACAGUUAAAUAAGUUGUAAUGUUUGAAAGUUUGCAUAUUUUAUUAAAAUGGAAAUUUCUUUUUAGGCUGA